GGAACAACUGGAAGAAAAUGAAGCUUAGAUGUUUCUCUUUGAGUGAGCUUGAAAAGGCCACUAAGAAGUUUAGCGAGGAGUGUUUGAUCGGGUCGGGUGCAUUUGGAACUGUGUACAAGGGAGUGUUUGAUGAGGCAUGUACUCUUGCUGUAAAGAGAUUGCAUGCGGAUUUAUAUGAAAGUGUCGAUGAAUUUAGAAAUGGUACGAAAAGGAAAAAAACUACAUAUAUGAAGAUUGAGCUGCUUUCAAGAGUUCAACAUGAAAACCUCGUUACUUUAGUUGGCUAUUGUGAAGAAGCCGGGCAGAAGAUACUGGUUUAUGAAUAUGUUCUCCAUGGUUCUCUACUAGAGUACAUAGUUGGGAGGAGAGGGAAGAUUUUAACUUGGAAAGAAAGAGUAAAUAUAGCCAUUGGAGCAGGAAAAGGAAUAGCUUAUCUCCACGAAGGCGUUCGACCGAGCAUAAUCCACCGAGACAUCAAGCCAAGCAACAUCUUGGUAGGGGACGGAUUUGAGGCGAAGGUUUCAGACUUUGGAUUGGUGAAAUCCGGCCCGACAGGCGACGAACCGCACGUUACAAGCCAGAUCAAAGGAACUCCGGGCUAUCUCGACCCGGCCUAUUGUUCGAGUUCUCACUUGACUACUUACAGCGAUGUUUAUAGCUUUGGAGUAAUGCUCCUACAACUCGUUGCUGCUAGACCAGCUGUGGUUACUUCAGGACCACAUUCUCAACGUCAUAUUGUUGAUUGGGCAAGACCAAGUUUACAGAAAGGAACUGUGGAAGAGAUACUGGAUGCCAAUUUGUUACUUGAUCUUGAACCUUGUAAUAUGGAGAUGAUGUUAAAGAUUGGCCAAUUGGGCCUCAAAUGUGUUGCGAAAGAGCCGAGAGAUCGGCCCACAAUGAGCCAAGUCGUCAGAGAGCUCGAGGAGGGAAUGCAAUUGUCGGCUUCGUGGAGAUUAGUAGGUGAAGGAGAAUGGCAAAGUUGUAGCUUCAAUGCUGUGUGCUUAGAGAGAUAUCAUCUGGACAUAGAUGAACUCUUGAUUCAUAGUCCAAGAAUGAGGUGCCUCGAUGUUAAUAGCUACAGUGUUGAUAUUGAGAAGCUUCGAAUGGUACAGAUUAGUGAGGAAUAUGAUGAAAUAUGUGAAACAAUUUUGAGCCACUAA